AUUUUGAACAUGAACGUCGUCACUUGCACGAGGUGGUAUUUCCAGAUCUUCAAAGACAUUGUUCCGCUCUGGGUAUUGACGUGGAGUUGGAAGACAUUCAUCAAGGUACUGUCGUCGACUCCAUUUUGGAGCCUACAAUAUUUGCCCAACAAAUGAAGGAGAUCGAGGCUUGUCAUCGAGAGUCUUUAGGAUGUUUUUUUCUGUGCCUGGUGGGAAAUAAAUACAGACCGUAUCCUUUUCCACUCAGCAUUGAAUCAUCAGAAUUCAAUCACAUUUAUAAUGCAGCUUUGGAUGCAGGUCUUGAUGUUGCUCUGCUGGACCAAUGGUACAAAUGUAACAAUAAUCUCGUUCCACCAGCCUAUAUCCUUCAACCCCCACAAAGCAAGAACGAACACGUUGAGUUAAGGCGUCCCGACCUUUGUAAGAAAUAUCUCUUCCUUCAACAAGUCCAGAGCUGGACCGAAGAUGCUGAGACGUUAUUGAGAAUAAUUCAGUACGGAGCACGGGUGGCUUUCGAGGAAGGCUUAAUCAACAGUCAGAAGCAAAGAAAGUACAUCCUGUCAGGAGUACACUCUCAUCUCGAUGUAGCUCUUCAGCUCUCUAAACAGGCUGGUCAACACAUCAUCUCUGUUAUUCAUCAAAAGUGGUUGAUUUUUCAGGAGUACACUGUCAUCUCGAU